ACACUAAAACCCAUGCAUUAAACAACACAUAAUACCUAUCAUUACGUGCAGCGGACUAACAGGCAAUGCAUUGUAUUUAUUCAGGUCAUAAUAGUGCCGCACUCCCACAAUGACCCUGGUUGGCUCAAGACAUUUGAACAGUACUUCUACGACUACACCGCUCUUAUACUUAACAAUAUGGUGGAAAAGCUGACACAAUAUCACGACAUGACCUUUAUUUGGGCGGAGAUGUCAUUUAUGUCGAAGUGGUGGCAGAGCCUUGAAAAUCGGCCGCAAAUGCGAGAAGCGGUCAGAAAUCUAAUAAAAAGGGGUCAAUUAGAGAUCGUGACCGGCGGUUGGGUUAUGACCGACGAAGCGGCCGCUCAUUACUACGAUAUGAUCGAUCAACUCAUAGAAGGCCAUCAAUUCCUGAGGACAGACGUCGGGCUAACGGAGUCUCCGGUCAGCGGCUGGUCUAUCGACCCGUUCGGUCACGGAAUGACUUUUCCGUAUAUUCUUCAGAAGUCGGGAAUCAGUAAUACAUUAAUAGAGAGGACACACUUCGGGUGGAAACAGGAAUUGGCGUCAAAACAAAGUUUAGAAUUCGUUUGGAAACAAAUCUUCGAGACGAAGAAUAUGUCUGACCUGUUCUGUCAAAUGUCUGCCUUUGACUUGUACUCAAUUAAGUUCACGUGCGGACCAAACACUGAUAUAUGUCUUCAGUAUGACUUCAGACGCAUUGCCGGCGAGUAUUCCGAGUCGACGGCUAUUCUUAUUACUGAUGAAAACGUGGACCAAAGGGCAGCGCUUAUGAUUGAACAAUACGGACGACUCGCCUCUCUGUUCAAACACAACGUAGCGCUCGUGCCGUUGGGCGACGACUUCCGGUUCAAUUACGACACCGAAUGGGAUCAACAAUACAAGAACUAUAAGCAUCUCAUGGAUCACAUCAAUAAAAAUCCAGACCUUUAUAACAACACUGAAGUGACGUUCGGAACACUUAACGACUACUUCACUGAAGUUCAUAAACGAAUGCAAAAAAUCAAUGGAAAUAAUUAUCCGACACUUUUCGGUGAUUUCAUGCCAUACGCCGACGUUUACGUGGACUCCAAACCCCACUAUUGGACCGGUUAUUACACGACUCGUCCCUUUUGGAAGUCAUUGUCGCGCGAAUUGCAGCACUUCCUGAGGAGCGCCGAAAUCCUGUACUCUUUGGCCCGAAAUCUCGUUCGACAGAACGGCAACCCAGAGAUGAGCGCACGACUCGACAAAGACUACGACUACUUAUCGACCGCCCGCCAGAGUCUGGCCCUCUUUCAACAUCACGACGCCAUCACCGGUACGUCCAAAGAGCCAGUUAUGGAAGAUUACGCCAAAAAGCUUCACCGAGCGAUCGUCGACUCUUUGGGACUCAUCUCACACUCCGUUCAGUUCCUAUUAGUGAAGGACCACUCAGUGAUGCCAACAGACAUGAACGCAGCGCAUCCAUUGACCGCAUACCUGUUCCCAGACGUCCAGCGCUCGUCUUGGGAUGAGUUGACACAAAAAGUGGUGCUUUCUGUGCCGUCAGUCGACGGAAGAAAGAUUGUUGUCUUUAAUUCUCACAUUCAGACCCGCAUUGAAGUGAUCAGAGUUUUAGUGAAGAGUCCCGUCGUUAGAGUGAUUGACACACAAAAUGGUAACGAAAUUCAAUCGCAAAUAAAUCCCGUCUUCAACACAACUGCCGCUAUUAUGAGCGACGCCUUUGAACUGGAAUUCAUUGUUUCACUGCCGGCGCUUUCAUUGACCACAUUUGCCAUACAAUCGUUUGAAUACAGACACCGAACACACCAUCGAUCGAAAGUAUCACUAUUUCUGAGUGACGCCAAACAGGAAGAAGACAAUCCCUUCAGUUUAAAUGAAAACAAAAUCAAUCCAAAAGUCUUCAAUUUUGACACUCCUUUCGACAACGACUAUGAGUUGGAAACGCCUUAUAUUAGUGUCCGUUUUGACGGUCGGACCGGCUUUUUGACACACAUUUACGACAAGCGAACCAAUUAUUUGCAAAAAACUCGCCUAAUGUUUAUGGCCUACAAAUCCGAUGACUUCUAUAGCGGCGCCUAUUUGUUCAGACCAUCGAAGUUCGAUCCGAUGCAGAACAUCACCGAACGGUUCCCUAUUAUGAGACUCGUUAAAGGAGAACUCAGCUCCGAAUUGACUGUUAUUUAUCCAAAUUAUAUUGAAGUUAAGUUUAAAGUGUAUAACACUUAUGCCUCCAUUGGAAGCGCUCUUCAAAUGCACUGCAAGUUCGAUGUCUCUAAAAGAGCAGAUCUCAUGAAUUGGGAGUUAAUUAUGAGAUUAGAGACAGACAUCAAUAGUAUUGACUCAAAAGACGGCCGAAAGAGGUUUUUCGUUGAUUCAAACGGCUUUCAAAUGAUGGAAAGGAAAUAUACGGACAAUUUGGCCAUCGAAGGCAACUAUUAUCCAAUGACUUCCGCUCUCUAUAUUGAAGACAACGAUUCGAGACUCACUCUACUCUCAUCCCAUUCUCACGGAGUCUCGAGUCCUUUCAAUGGAACCGUUGAAGUGAUGCUCGAAAGAAAACUGAGAUUCGAUGACAAUAGAGGCGUCGGUGAAGGGGUUCUCGACAAUAAGCUGACGAUAUCUCGUUUCUGGAUCGCAAUCGAGCGCAUCGACCAAAACACUAUCAACGAACCAAUUGUUCCCAAUUUAUCACAAUUAAUGCACUCAUUAUUAUCGACACUACUAUACGAGCCAAUAGUGUUGGCGUCUGACGGCCGCGAAGACCGACCCAUACAUACGGCGCUCCGAUUUCUGAGCGAUGGUUUCGAUUGCAAUCUAUUUCUAGUCAAUUUGCGAACCCUUCCCGACUCCGAUCGCUUCGAUGCGCCAUCGCUUUCGAGUCUACUUCUGGUCCACAAUCGGGACAAUAGUUGUCGCGUCAGUCAGCAGAUCAGUCCCUCAUCUCUAUUGUGUUCAGAGCCUAAGAGUAGACCCAAGAAGUUAUUGCACGUCAGGACUCAAUCCAUUAAUGAAUGCUCGUUAACGGGAACCAAAUCAUUGAAAUGGUUGACUGAUUUGAGUGAUAUAGUGGUCCCCAGAAUGCAAAUCAAUGCAUUCAAUGUAACGUUUGUUAAAUGAUAUUGAAUUUCAGUACUUAUGGUAUACCGUAUAUUGUAUUAUAAAUAUAUUAACAUUUGUAACGAUAUGUGAUAUUAAGCCUCUAUUA